AUGAGGUCCGCCAUCUUCCGUGCGGCCGCCGCCUUGGUGGCCAUCAUAAUACCCACCACCGUCAUAGCCGCCAACCCUCUUCAAGCCCACGCCUAUACUACGCACAAUGGUCUGUCCUCUCGGGACAUGGCUCCCGAUGACCAGGCCAACACGACCGACGUUGGCAUCAUCCGCUCCGAAAUCCCCCGCCUCGUCAUUUACUACCAAACCACCCACGACAAGGCAGUCAAGCCCAUAUCCAUGCUGCCGCUCAUCACCGAAAAGAACAUCGCCCUCACGCACCUCAUCAUCUGCUCCCUGCACAUCAACAAAGACGGCGACAUCACCCUCAACGAUCACAGCCCCAUCCACCCGCGCUACGGCACCCUCUGGCAAGAGGCCCAAGUCCUCCGCUAUGCCGGCGUCAAGAUCAUGGGCAUGAUCGGCGGCGCCGCCGUCGGCACAUUCUCCAAAGACACGCUCGACUCGGCCGACGAGACCGUCUUCAACCGAUACUACAACCAACUCUGGGAGAUCAUCAAGCGCUACGGCCUGGAGGGGCUCGACAUCGACGUCGAGCAGGCCAUGAGCCAGGAGGACGUCGAGCGGCUCAUCCUUCGCUUGCGGAAGGACUUUGGGCAGGACUUCAUCAUUACCUUGGCACCCGUCGCCAGCGCGAUGACUAUCCAGGGCGCCAGAAACGGCUGGAACCUCAGCGGGUUCGACUACCGCAAGCUGAUGCUGGCGCAGAGUGGUGCCGGCAAGGAGGUGGCCUUCUAUAACUGCCAGUUCUACUCUGGGUUUGGCGAUGCGGGCACCCCGAACCAAUUCCAUCAAAUCAUUUCCGACAAUCAAGACAGGGCGCUGACGCCCGCCAAGGUGGUGAUUGGACAGCUGACAAGCCCGAGGAACGGCUGGGGGUUCGUGACUGCCGGCGCUCUGACCGACUCUGUCAAGAGCCUUAGGGAUGCGUACGGCCAGAUUGGGGGCAUCGCGGGGUGGGAGUACUUUAACGGUCAGCCGGGAGGAGAGGAGGAGCCGUGGAAGUGGGCGCAGGUAAUGACGACCAUUUUGAGGCCGGAUCAGACGCCAAAGCUGAAGGUCACGAUGGAGAUGGCGAUCAAGUUGACCGAUGUUUGGAAGGAAAGUGCGGCUGCCGGGAUGAGAGAGGCGAUGAGUGGUGAGGUGAGGAUCAAGUGGAAGGUGCCGGCGUUGGAGCCGACCGUGGAUUAUAUGGCCAUGGUGAAUGCCUAG